ACGAAAAACAUAAUAACGCGUUUAGCCUGCGAGACGCCUACGACGUGUGUAACGUUUCUAAUUAAUUCGCCAUAUUUCGUCAACAUGGCUGCCAUCCAAUCUCGGGAAAAUAUUGAGCGACAAAUUCAAGAGAUACAGCAGCGUACUGCAACACUUCGUCAACGUGAUGAAGUACCUGCAACCAAUGGGAAAGAUGAUGCUGCAGGAUUUGCUGAAUCAGGACAUUUUGACAGAGAAAUCUAUGAUAAAAGUGUCCGUAGCCGAUUUGAGGGCUAUGACUAUUCCAUCGCAGCCAAUGAAGCAGAUGAGGAUGAAGAUGAUUACACCAGUCAUUCCUUGAUGAAUAAGAACAGCAUUACAGCCCCAACAUCGUUGUUUAGUGAAGCUCAGGAAGCAGCCAAGGAUUACGACCCAUUUGCUGGUAACAAUGCAGCUAGGAUUGCUGAACGUGAAGAUGAAUAUCGCGCCCGUAGAAGGAUGAUGAUUAUCUCUCCAGCGAGACAUGAUCCUUUUGCUGAUGGUGGCAAAACACCUGAUCCUGGGGAGAGGACUUACAUUGACAUCCGAAGAGAACAGUCCAUGACAAAAGAGCAGGCUGGGCUUCGUCUUCAGAUGCAGGAAAAGGCCAAAAAGGGUGAGCUUGAGGUACAGCAGACUAAACCGACAUCUAAACCUGUCAAACGUCGUCGCUGGGAUCAAGUAGGAGAAGAAACACCAGGAGCCACACCCAAAAAGAAGACAAGUAGUUGGGAACAGGCAGAGCAACAAGCUUCAACUCCGUCAAUCAGUCGCUGGGAUGAAACACCAGGCAGAGCCAAAGGUAGCGAGACACCAGGAGCUACACCCAGUGCUAGUACACGAGUUUGGGAAAACACACCAGCACACCUGACACCUGGUCAUGUGACACCUAGUCAUGCUACCCCUGGACAUGCUACUCCAGGACAUGUUACUCCAGGACAUAGUGCAACACCAAGCGCACGUAGAAAUAGAUGGGACGAAACACCUAGAACUGAGAGAGAAACUCCUGGGCAUGGAAGUGGAUGGGCGGAGACUCCUCGCACUGAUCGUGGGGGAGAUGCUCCUUCAGAGACUCCUACUCCAGGUAGUAAGCGGCGAUCUCGUUGGGAUGAGACACCAGCUGGUAGUCAGACGCCCAGUGCUACACCAGUUGUGGGUAAUACUUCAACACCUGUAGGUCAAAAGGCUAUGGUGAUGCAGACACCAUCACAGACUGCACUGAGAAUGAUGACACCAGAACAACUGCAAGCUUGGAGAUGGGAGAAGGAAAUCGAUGAGAGAAAUAGAGCACUGAGUGACGACGAGUUGGAUUCUAUGUUUCCCGAGGGAUACAAGGUACUUCAACCUCCAGCAGGCUAUGUUCCUAUCCGUACUCCAGCUCGCAAACUGACAUCUACCCCUACUCCUAUGGGUGGACUGAGUGGAUUUCACAUGCAGACUGAUGAUAAGAUGGUUGAUCCUGGCUUAGCCCAACCUCCUGGUAAUCUGCCAUUCCUCAAACCUGACGAUGCUCAGUACUUUGGCAAACUCCUGAAUGACAUUGAUGAAAGCACAUUGAGUGCAGAGGAACAGAAGGAGCGUCGUAUCAUGAAGCUACUGCUGAAGAUCAAGAAUGGAACACCGCCAAUGCGUAAAGCAGCCUUACGUCAAAUUACUGAUAAGGCCAGAGAAUUCAAUGCUGGACCACUCUUCAAUCAAAUCCUACCAUUGUUGAUGUCUCCCACCUUAGAGGAUCAAGAGCGCCAUCUAUUGGUCAAGGUUAUCGACCGUAUUCUCUACAAGUUGGAUGAUCUAGUGCGGCCAUAUGUACACAAGAUCCUUGUAGUGAUUGAACCCCUGUUGAUUGAUGAAGAUUACUAUGCUCGUGUAGAAGGUAGGGAGAUUAUCUCUAACCUUGCUAAAGCUGCUGGACUAGCUACCAUGAUCUCAACCAUGCGUCCUGAUAUUGACAACUUGGAUGAGUAUGUACGUAACACUACAGCACGUGCCUUUGCUGUGGUAGCUUCAGCCUUGGGUAUCCCAUCAUUACUACCAUUCUUAAAAGCUGUGUGUAAAAGCAAGAAGUCUUGGCAGGCUAGACACACUGGGAUCAAGAUUGUUCAGCAAAUUGCCAUCUUGAUGGGAUGCGCUAUUCUACCACAUCUGAGAAAUCUGGUGGAGAUCAUUGAGCAUGGACUUGUGGAUGAGCAGCAGAAAGUUCGUACCAUCACAGCCUUAGCCUUAGCUGCCCUUGCAGAAGCUGCUACUCCGUAUGGUAUUGAGUCCUUUGAUAGUGUCCUGAAACCUCUCUGGAAGGGUAUCAGGCAGCACAGAGGAAAAGGUCUUGCUGCGUUCUUGAAGGCUAUUGGAUACCUGAUCCCAUUGAUGGAUCCUGAGUAUGCCAACUACUACACCAGGGAAGUCAUGUUGAUUCUCAUCCGUGAAUUCCAGUCUCCUGAUGAGGAGAUGAAGAAGAUCGUGCUCAAGGUGGUAAAGCAGUGUUGUGCAACCGAUGGUGUAGAAGCUCAGUAUAUUCGAGAUGAAGUCCUUCCAUCCUUCUUCAAACACUUCUGGCAGCAUCGAAUGGCUCUUGAUAGGCGUAAUUACAGACAGCUGGUAGAUACCACUGUGGAGUUGGCCAAUAAGGUCGGAGCUGCUGAGAUUAUUGGCCGCAUUGUUGAUGAUCUGAAAGAUGAAGCAGAACAGUAUCGUAAGAUGGUGAUGGAGACCAUUGAAAAGAUAAUGGGCAACUUAGGAGCAGCAGACAUUGAUUCAAGGCUUGAAGAACAACUCAUCGAUGGUAUCCUGUAUGCCUUUCAAGAACAAACCACAGAGGACUCUGUGAUGUUGAAUGGCUUUGGUACUGUUGUGAAUGCUCUGGGUAAGCGAGUCAAGCCUUACCUACCACAGAUUUGUGGUACCAUCCUCUGGCGUCUCAACAACAAGGCUGCUAAAGUUCGUCAGCAAGCUGCUGAUCUCAUCUCCAGAAUCGCAGUCGUCAUGAGGACAUGCCAAGAGGAGAAGUUGAUGGGGCAUCUUGGUGUUGUCCUGUAUGAGUAUCUUGGUGAAGAAUACCCAGAAGUGCUAGGAAGCAUUCUAGGAGCUCUCAAGUCCAUUGUCAAUGUCAUUGGUAUGCAUAAGAUGACUCCACCAAUUAAAGAUCUGCUGCCAAGAUUGACACCAAUCCUCAAAAACAGACAUGAGAAGGUGCAGGAGAAUUGCAUUGAUUUGGUUGGUCGUAUUGCUGAUCGAGGUGCGGAGUAUGUGUCAGCCAGAGAAUGGAUGAGGAUUUGCUUUGAGCUUCUAGAACUUCUCAAGGCCCACAAGAAAGCCAUCAGAAGAGCCACAGUCAAUACUUUUGGCUACAUUGCAAAGGCUAUUGGUCCACAUGAUGUCCUGGCCACUCUUCUCAACAAUCUGAAGGUCCAGGAACGCCAGAAUCGUGUCUGUACCACAGUUGCUAUUGCCAUUGUAGCAGAGACGUGCUCACCAUUUACUGUUCUACCAGCUCUAAUGAAUGAAUAUCGAGUACCUGAGCUGAAUGUACAGAAUGGUGUACUGAAAUCACUGUCUUUCCUGUUCGAGUACAUUGGUGAAAUGGGCAAAGAUUACAUCUAUGCUGUGACACCAUUGCUGGAAGAUGCUCUAAUGGACAGAGACUUGGUCCAUCGUCAGACAGCCUGUGCUGCCAUUAAGCAUAUGUCACUCGGUGUAUUUGGUUUCGGCUGUGAAGAUGCCCUCGUUCAUCUUCUCAACUUUGUCUGGCCCAACAUCUUUGAGACAUCACCUCAUGUCAUCCAGGCAGUGAUGGAUGCAAUUGAAGGAAUGAGAGUUGGUCUCGGUGCCAACAAGAUGCUACAGUAUGCAUUGCAGGGUCUGUUCCACCCAGCAAGGAAGGUACGUGAUGUGUAUUGGAAGAUCUACAAUACAUUGUACAUUGGUGCACAGGAUUCACUGGUAGCUGGCUAUCCACGGGUUCCCAAUGAUGAGAAGAAUCAGUAUGUGAGAUAUGAGCUGGAGUAUUUCUUAUGAAUUGCCUUGGAUUGUCAGGUUCUUUCCACGUUCGAAGUUAACUCUCCAUCAUAUUACGUUAAGAUCUCACCCUUAUACCUUGUCAUGUUAACAGCCAAUUAACAAAUUACAUGUAUAACCCAGAUACUUCGUUCAACCUGUCAGGAUUGGACUACCGGUACUUAUUUUCUAUUGGUUGUACACUUGUUGAUCUAAACAGUGCAUUGUAUGUGUUAAUGUGAGAAUGGAACUUUACAUUCAACGGGAAUUGUUGUUUUUAGUGUGCAUUGACUUGAAUGUUACCAAAUUCGACUACCAUAGUAGCUUGUAUUCAGUUGACUUUUAAUUGAAAUCAAAUGGCAUAAAUUUCCACAUUUCUAGCAGAUGUUAAGACAAGGCUGUUCAAAAAAUGAUAAAAAUUUUCCAACUUAGUGGGCAAGAAAAAUCAUAAUUACUAAUACAGAUAGUUGCUUUCUUAUCAGUUGUAACCACUUGUCAAAUUCUCUUUAAACCUUAUUACAACAGAAAGCCUAUUUGUUAAAAGGCUAGGGUAGCUAGCUUUAGCUUGAUAAAUCUGUUAAAAAGCCAGAGAAGGAGUGAAUGUAUAAAGUGAGAGAAUGGAUCAUUAUCCUAUAUACAUACAUUCGUUGGAAGUCUUACAAACUAUAUUGGGAAGUUGUGUAAGCAUAAAUGUUUUGGUUUUCUGGAAUAGGAGAUUUCAACAACUGAUAGUAUUUUGAUUAUCACUUUGUUAGUUUUAACAAUGAAGUAGAAGUUUCUGUUAAUUAUCUACAUGAUAAUGGAUUUACAAGAAAUUCUACCAUCAGACCUUAGUUGAACAGUUGCUUUUGUAAAUAGAAGGCUUUGAAUGAAGAAUUUGGUUUUUUAGUCUUGGAGAAGAGGUAAUAUUUUGUUCUGACUGAAAAAAAUUAUUCCAUUCUGGUGAUUUAUCUCCCUGAGCAGACUGAAUCCAUUCUGUUCUGCAUCCUUAGGUAGACUUUAACAUUUGCAUAGAAGUGGAGUAAGGGCAUAUGUGAUUCAUAUACAUGUACAUGUACCUUGCUUAUUGAUAAUGCAUCCAAGUGAUGUAACAUCUUUGUCUAUGUUUAUAGAUGUAUUAUCUAAACUAACCUGAGGAGACCCCAUUACUUUGGUAAUAUCCCAUUCUGGCACUUUACCUGCAUUUGAAAGCUUAAAAUGAAUAUGCAGUUCGGCAAGUCACAACACCCCAUAAGUCUAAGAGUUAUUUACAUGUACUCUGUGUAAGAAAUGCACGAGGGUAUGCUAUUAUCUUUACUGUAAUGCUUUAAAUCUAGCUGACAGAUAAGUCAGUUGGUUUAUACUGAUUAUUGAAAAUGUUUGGUGUGCUAAAAAGGUGUUGUGUAGUGCGCAGGACCAUAUUUCCUGAUACAUCCUAGAAAAAAAUCAGAACUUCAAAUGGACAUUUGUUUUCAAGUAGAAUUUAGUCACGGAAUGAUCAUUUCUUUCUUGCCCUUGUGGUAUAUGUACUGAUAUUGUUUCAAGGUGUAUUUGGACUGGAAAUCUGUUUAUAGUUGGUGUUAUCUUGGAAUACAUUUUUUCCAUCACGUAUGACAUUACCAUAUUUGCGUCACUAUUGAAAAGGGGCUAAAAAUGCCUGAAAGAAUUUUUUUCCAUUCAAUACAGAAUUCCUCACUUUUCCAAAAUUAAUAUUUGCCUUUAUCUUUACCGUAUGAUAUGUGCAUUGCAGGUAGAGCUAUUGUAGAGCUAGAAACCACAGUUGAGCUUUAUGGAAACUUGCAUUUUAUUCAAUAAAACCUUCAUAUCUGUAAAUAGA